AUGAGUGUGAUACUAGAGACGUCUCUGGGCGAGAUUGUCAUCGACCUCUUGGUUGACAACGCACCCAAAUGCUGCGAGAAGUACUACCUCUACUUUUUGAAACUCUGCAAAAUCAAGUAUUACAACUUCUCCCCGUUUCACAGUGUCCAGAAAGGCUUUAGCUGUCAGACUGGAGACCCACUCGGCCCAGACUCACCCGAGAGCGAUGGCGGAAGUUCUAUCUGGGGCUUGCUAUCAGGCCCCGCGAAGAAGAGCUUCAUAGCCAAGAUCGACCCGAAGCUGAAACAUUCCCAGCGUGGGACAGUCAGUAUGGCGACGGUGCCCUCGCCCAAUGAUCCUGAUGAGCGACUCGCUGCCAGCCAAUUCAUUAUCACUCUCGGAGACAACAUUGACUACUUGGAUGGAAAAGCCGCCCCUUUUGGCAUAGUCGUCGAAGGCUUCGACACCCUAGACAAGAUCAACAAUGCCUUCACUAAUGCCAACGGUAGACCCCUCAAGGACAUCCGGAUUCGACACACCAUCAUACUGGAGGAUCCCUACGAUGACCCACCAGGGCUGGUUGCUCCUGACUCAAGUCCUGCACCGACCAAGGCACAGCUGGCCACUGUUAUGAUCGCGGAUGAUGAAGAACUGGACGAGGAAGUCGACGAGGUGGCGAUGGAGAAGCUGCGAAGAGAACGAGAGGCGAGAGCCCAAGCCCUGACUCUCGAAAUGGUUGGUGACCUCCCUUUUGCCGAGGUGAAGCCUCCCGAAAAUGUUCUUUUUGUUUGCAAACUGAACCCUGUGACGAAUGAUGAAGACCUCGAGUUGAUUUUCAGCCGCUUCGGCAAAAUCCUUUCCUGCGAGGUCAUCAGAGAUAAACGCACUGGUGACAGCCUGCAGUAUGCCUUCAUUGAGUUCGAGAAUCAAAAGGACUGUGAGCAGGCCUACUUUAAGAUGCAAGGCGUGCUCAUUGACGACCACCGUAUCCACGUGGACUUCUCACAGAGCGUCUCUAAGUUGUCCGAUACCUGGAGAGAUGCAACAAAUUCGAAGAGGGCCGGGCGAUCCGGAGGCUUCGGUGGGAUUGCCAGCCUCGAGAAGAGACGGCAUUAUCGGGGGGAUGACGGCCGUGGACAGAACGGCGGUAACUACAGAAUGGUGUUUGAUAAAGAUGACAUCCGCCGAAACAAAGAGUCUCGGCCAGAGGAGGGAUCCCGACGAUCUCGAAGCAGAAGCCCACGUUAUGAAAGCAAGGAAUCCAGACGGGGUGGAUACCGACCUAGAGAUCAGGACAAACACGACCACAGGGAUCGUCGGGAACGAGAUCGGUAG